ACUGUCUAUUUAUCUAGAGACAUAUUUGUGAAUAUCUGUGAAAAAUCAAUCUGUCACCCUGGUAGAGGGUAGAUAAAUAUGGGGUGUUAGAUGAACCCAAGACCAGAAUUGUCAUGUUUCUGAAGUCAGAACUCGGUAGAAAUCAUCAUAUUUCUACAAGCAACAUGAGUGAUCAUGUUUCCAGAAUAGAAAGAUUAUUAUGUAAUAUAUUAUGAUUUAAUAUAAGGAGACGGGAUUGGUCUCUGUUUGAGAAGAAUUGUAUAAAUUUAUAUGAUAUGUGAGUCGUUUGAAGAAUAGCAGAUAUAAUCACCUGUUUGUCGUGAUUGGCAUGCAUUCUCUUCUUCUGUUUCUUAGGUAUUAAUUAUAAAUUUAACAAUCAAAAAUAAGAUGCAGAAUUGUAGUUUGUUUUAAAAUUACUUUACAAAAAAAUUAUAAUUGUAAUUAUGCUCUUUUAUAGCAUUAUCAAAUCGAUAAAAGUGCCAUACAUUUUUUAUGACAUAACAUUGUAUAGAAAAUAUUUUGCUCUUUAUUACUAGCAUUGCAGGCAUUGUCUUGAUUUCUAUGCCUUUAAUUUGUAACGGGGAUGCGUUGUGAACAGAUUCAUAGAAUUGAUUACCAAGGGAUUAAGUGGUACACAAUACCUCAUUGCCAUGGUAACUGAAAGUCUCUCAAUCAUUGGCUCAAUCUCUUCAUCAUCUGCACGUAGAGAGCUUGACUGCAAUAAAGGAACGCCUUGCUGUGUGCUGAUAAUUGAUAUGCCUUCAGGUUCUAGUGUGUAUGUAUCACUGGGGUGGAUUUCAUCGUUCUGCAACCUGAGGAAAAUGUUGUUUCCAAGCACUUGAAUAAUUACGUGCCACAACAGCAAGACACGGGGAGCGGCCAUCUUUGAGUUUUCGUGUCGUGGUGGACCAUCCCAGUCAUGGAGUCCCAACCAAGUUUAUAGCAAAGGACAAUUUCAGUGAUCAGAUACCAGUGUUGUUUCUACAGAGAUAAUGUUUCCACGACGCACCGCAGUUUUACGGGUUGUGAUUGUUUGCGGUGUAGUUUUUACGUCACUUUCCAUGUGGAUAUCUUCCAAAAAUUCCUCUGACCUGGAAUACAGAAUGCGACAUCUUAUGCAAAAUGAACAGUCAAAUGGAAUUUCCCAGUUAAAAUCACUUACAAACAAUACGUCCGACCAAGCGGACCAUCGACAAGUAAUAUUAAUCCCGCCUACAUCUUCACGCUCAUUUCAGCCAACUCCAGAUUCCAAUGCAAAACAUCGUCACAUGGAAACUUUUCAAAACUUUUACGGAUCUCUCUCCAUGAAGGAUUUGGUGGCUUUCAAGAAAGAAUUCAGUCGCACUGAACGCUACAAUAAUAGCAAUAACCACGACUUUGAAUAUAUCAUAGUAAACAAAAAUUUAUGCUCGUCUCAAAGCCCGUUUGUGAUAGUUUGGAUUCAUACCUCGCCGGAUCACUUUAAACAAAGACUCAUGAUACGACAGACAUGGGGUAAUCCACGAAAUCACCCAGAUGGCAGCGUUAAAAUUAUAUUCAUAAUGGGGAAAGCUUCCUCUAAAACUCUGCAAGAUUCGCUACAUAUGGAAAGCGAGCGUUAUGGCGACAUUGUCCAAGAAAACUUUGUAGACUCCUACAAAAAUUUAACUUACAAAGCGAUCGCUGGUAUGAAGUGGGUUUCUUCUUACUGUAGCGGUGCCAAAUACGCGCUCAAGUCUGAUGACGAUAUUUUUGUAAAUGUUUUUAAUCUUGUAAGACAUCUUAAAAGUUUUGAAAAACACAAAGUCACAGAGAAAGUUUUACUGUGCAAUGUAUGGCACAAGAUGAGGGUGUUAAGAGAUAAGAAAAGCAAGUGGUACAUAGCCGAGGAAGAAUUUAAAGAUGACUUUUUCCCUAUGUACUGCUCGGGAUCGGCCUAUAUCAUGUCCGGUGACGUAGUAAAGGGGAUGUUCCAGGUUUCGCUUUCGACACCGUUCUUUUGGGUGGACGAUUUUUAUGUGACUGGCCUUCUUGCCCACAGGCUCGACUUAAAACACCAGUCGUUUAAUAGCGUCUACCACUUUAAAGCGGGAGCUGUGGAGGCCUUCACAGAGGGACGAAAGAGAGAAUUGCUGGUAUUUGCUCACUUACACGGUUUAAAUCAUUUUUAUAAUAUGUGGAACGGGGUGGUGAGGCGGGAAGCGGAACGCAGUCCACAUCUUUUAUCUCUGACAACGAGACAUUCUACCUGAAGAUAUAGACACAUAGUUGCGAUGGCCUACGGGUGACAGUGGAAUUCAAUUAAGACUUACUUUAUCUUACUUGAGUAUCUUUAUUUACUUUAAUGACAUGUGUCAUUACUCUUCCCUGUUCAUCUCGUUUUUGGUCAUAAAUUUCUAUUGAUUUUA